GCCAAUAAUCCGCAUCCUUUAGUGUCAAAUGGAAUUUACAAAUAUGAACAAUAAUUAUCUAUUGAAACCGCUAGUGUCCUAUGCAUUCCACAAAUGUCAAAACGUGUUUCCGUCGUAUCGAAGGAACACUGUAAACAACGUUUGAAAACCAAACAUAUUCUUCAAACUGAAUCACUUUCGCGUAUAUUUGACUUUGGGAUCCAAGGUUGUUUAACAUCGCUGGCUUCGAUCGAUCGAGAUAACCUGUGAACGCUUUCCCAGCCGACGAGGAGCUUGCUUCGUAAGUAUAUAAGAAAAUUCCUGUUUCUGGUAACAAACAUACACUACAGUUUUCGACGAGGUUAAAUGACUAAAUUGUGUUUUAAACCAUAAGGAGUGUCGUAUUCCAAUGUAGAGAUCUUAAAAUCCUUCUGUCAAUAUUUCGUGAGCUUUGUAAAACAUAACUAAAUCGCUGUGGCUUUGAGUUUUUGAUUCACGAAGGAGUUACAGGAUUAUUUAAUUGCCAUGAAGUUGAUCUUUCAGGCUAUUGAAAACCGAAACUCAUCAGAUUUGCUAACCUUGCUUUGAAAUGCAUUGAAAUGUCGUAACAACAGCAAAACAAUACGAACAGUUCCUUCCAAUUCAUAGUGGCGAUCCAGCCACGACUUCGUCUCAAUGAUUCUUUUGAUGAGUAUCUUUUGAAUUAUGUUUUCUGUUGACUGCAUUUACCUGAUAUGUUCAUGUUUCAGCUUUGAAUUCGAAAACGUAAGUUCAUUUUCAGAGCGAUGUAUUUCGCCUAAGUCGCUAAAAUAGGUUUUUUUCUGAUCAAAUCGAAUAAAAUUUUCAGACAAUCUGAGGUCACUUCAGAUGACGAAGUCGCCAUUGUUAUAAUUAUAUUACCCCCGUUAUUAAUUUACAAUUUUAUUUUCCUGAAUUUGAAGGCAACACAACACUUUUGGCCGAUGUAACUGAAACUAGUCGAAGCAAGUUAUCUACUAGAAUACGGUAAAGGGAACGUCGCUUUUUCAUUGAAAGAAGAGGAUGUAUAUUUAUCGGAAUCUUUUUUCGGAAAAAAUAGAAGUUUAUUUUUAAAUAGGUAAUAUUCUGUUCUUCGAAAUUAACCCAGUGAGGAAAUUUUAGCGUCACAUAUGAGGUGAAUCUCAACACCUGAAUGUUUUCCCACACCAGGUAACGCAAUCUUUGAAGUGUAACGCAAUUCUUUGAGCGUGGCUAAACGUUCUACAAAAAGAAAUUAAUGGGUGAUUGAGAUUUUCAUGAAAAUAAUCAGCGACGAAGACAUCAAAAACAUUUGAAAUGCAUCAAGAGGGAUUAGAGAGGAGGGGGCGGAUACUGAGUGUGAAGGGAUGUUCUGACCUAUAUUACAAACCCCACCCCCCAGCCUUUCAUAUUGUAUCCACCACCUUUAACCAACUUUGGUAUACCUCCAAUUGAUUGAAGCCCAUAUCUGCUGGACUUAAUUAUAGUAUAAGAGCUCCUUUCAAGAGUAGCCUGCUACUACCAUUAAGCCUGCAGACCAAGUUUUUUCUCCCUUUUUCCCCUUUGAGUGAGGGCAGACGCCAGAUCAGCGUGAGGGGUGUCACGUGUAAAAGAAGGAAAGUGUGAUUCGCGUUUCUUCUUGGUCUUACACUCACGUAAGCUCCAUGAAAUAUGCUUAGAAAAUAGAUGAUUUAAUAAUCUUUAGAAGAGCAACAAAAAAGGAUAAAAAGUAUCGAUUGCCUUGCGAGCUGUGUACCUUUAGAACCUUUCAAUUAUGUUAUUAUUUACAGGUAAAGGUGCCAACCAUUUGUCAAGAGGAGGGGUAAAAAUGAACUCUGAAUCCUUUGAAAGAAUUCAAACCUCAGUCAUUCAAAUUCUUCGGCCAGUUGCUAUACUAACAGACUCCAUCCUUUCCAUACCUGAACUCAUGGAAUCUCUAAGCUAUGAUAUUCCUACAUACCGUAGACGGAUCCCUUUAGGGCGGGGCAUUCCCCUUAAUAAGGUACUGUAGAAGGACAGUGAAAGAGGGAAGGAGUGGGCUCUAAGGCUUGUUUCGACAGACGACACUUUUUAAUUUGCUCCUUUUAAUGCCUCUUUUUUUCCCUUUUUGUACUAUUAAACAUUUCUCUUUACCCUUAUAGUUUCUAAGAUUUCUGACACAGAAAUGGAACCCGCACCAUCAGGAGAUGUAGAAGAUACUUUGAAACGCAUCAACUCACACCCAGGUGUCCUCGGUCUGAUUGUGCUGAACCCACAAGGCCUUGCAAUUAAGUCCACGAUGGAUAACGCAACUACACAGCUUUACGCGAGCAAUUUUCAGCACUUAACGAGUUUGGCGCGAAGUUGUGUUCGAGAUCUCGACCCGCUUAACGAUCUUAAAUUUCUUCGCGUGCGUUCACGAAAGUAUGAGAUCAUGGUAGCUCCGUCCGGGGAUUAUUCGUUGAUUGUUAUCCAGAACCCUAAUCAGAAGGAUUUGUAAUAUUAGACCAAUAUUGGUGCUUAUAUGGUCAUGACAUUGUGCAAACCCCUUGGAUCUCUACGGGAAAUAAGUGUUGAUCCCUUAAAAACUAUGAAAUUGAUUCAGAUAACGGACCGAUAAAAUUAUCAAAACAGUCUAUAAAUCUUUUACAAAUUUUAAUAAAUUUUAGAAAGUUUAUAUAGGUUACAAAUCGGAAUGGAAGAUGAAAGUAAUGUAGAUUACUAAUAAAAUUGCUGUUUCAUAUGUUUUAUAAUCAUAAUUUAAUAAGCUAUUGAAGACUGCAAACGUAAGGGUGAAUAUCUUUUUAAUUCUACCAUAAAAAGCAGUCCUCAAAUAAAUUGAAAGGUACCAUAGACUGG